UUGGGCCAUGUCCACUGCCCUCCACCUGCAGUCUGGAUGUGGUCGUGUCUGGCUAAUCAGUGCAGAAGCUGUGUCCAUGGAAGUUUGAUAGAGAAACAUGUAAAUGUCAUUGUCCUGUCAGCCAUGUUUGCUCACCUCAUUUGUAUUUGCCUCUGCAGUGAUGAUUCCUACAUCCGCGCUGUAUAUGACCUCGCCAAUCUAACCCAAGUAAGGAUUCGAACCUUCCCGUACCACAGUGAUCUUAUAUGGCACCUAAGCCCUCAUGGAUUCCGCUUUCGCAGAGCAUGCCGGAUAGCGCACCUUCACACCGAUAAAGUGAUUGAGGAGAGGAAACUGCAGUUACAGAAUGAAGAAGAAUUGGAAAAAGUCCGUCAGAAGCGACACCCCGAUUUUUUGGACAUUCUUCUCUGUUCCAAGGAUGAACAUGGCCGAAGCCUGUCUGAUGAGGACUUGCGUGCAGAGGUGGACACCUUCAUGUUUGAAGGCCAUGACACUACAGCCAGCGGAAUCUCCUGGAUGAUGUACUGUUUAGCUAAACAUCCUGAGCAUCAGCAGAAGUGUCGGGAGGAGAUCAGGGAGGUCCUGGGAGACAGGAGGACCAUGGAGUGGGAAGAUUUAAGCAAGUUGUCCUACACCACAAUGUGCAUUAAAGAGAGUAUCCGUCUGUAUCCCCCUGUACCCUCUGUGUCACGAGAACUUUCCAAGCCUGUGACCUUCUUUGAUGGACGAUCAUUACCUGCAGGUACUGUUGUCAGUUUACAUAUAUAUGGCAUUCACCGUAACCCCGCCGUGUGGAAGGAUCCUGAGGUGUUUGACCCUCUUCGCUUUACUCCAGAGAAUUCUGCGGGCCGUCAUUCCCACGCCUUUGUCCCUUUUGCUGCAGGACCAAGAAACUGCAUUGGUCAGAAUUUUGCCAUGAAUGAGAUGAAGGUGGCGGUGGCUCUCACACUUCAGCGCUUUCAACUUUUACCAGAUGACUCGAAACCUGCUCUUAAACUACCACAGCUGGUUCUGCGUUCCAAGAGUGGCAUCCACGUAUACCUGAGGAGAGCCCACUGAACCAGCCAAAAGCCGCCUUUGAAGACUCUGUAGAAUUUAUAGUAAUGAAAGUUUUCAUUGAGGAAUAAAAACCGUGAAUAUUACGUCA